AGUUUUUUUAGUAUCGAUCGACAGUGCAAACGUGUUUUGUGUAAAUUUCCUUUUUUGAUUUGAAAAAAUUAUUUUCUCUAAUUAUUGAUACUGUGCUUGACAUAGUUUCAAAUGUUUAAAACAACUAAAGUGUAAAUAUGAAGGUGUUGCGUGCAUCGGGGUCGGCAGCUUUGCUGCUGAUUAUUGCAGGUUUUUUGACUGUUGAAGUUGCGUCAUUUGGAUGCUAUUCAUGUUGGUCGAAUGUAACUCAGGAAUGCGCUGUUGGACCUGUUGUUGAUGCACCAAGAGAGGAUUGUCCUGAAUCAGAUUUAUCAUGUGUGACGGCAAUUGUGGGAAAUGCUACAUGUCGGGGAUGUUCGUCAUCGAUAAAUCUUCCUGCCGAUUACAAACUAAAAACAACUUGUCAGGACGAAUACUGCAAUCUCGACGUCUUUCCAACCGAUCGUUUAACUUGCUACAAGUGUAAAGGGAGUGAUUGUGCCACUCCUAGUGGAAAGUCAAGAGCAUGUAUCAACUAUAGAGAGAAUGAUGAAUGCUAUACAGAUGUCAUUAGCGCAACUGAAACUAUCCGUGGAUGCCUAUCUGAUGGAAAUUUCACCCUCACUGACUACACGGUUACUUGCAAUACGAGCUUAUGUAAUGGUAACCCAUCAACUAGUCAGCUCCAAUGCAUUAGUUGCACUUCGAACGGAACAGUGGGAUGCAUAGGCUUAAGUGGAAGCAAUAGCAGUUGCGAGAUAAAUACAACAACCACCUGCGAGAUGAAUUUGUUGCUCGGACGUGACGAAUAUUGUUUCACUUAUCAGAAGGGAGACUAUGUGCAGCGUGGCUGUUCCGCGGAAUCGAAUUUAACAAUGAAUGAACUAGAUGGUUCAGAAAAGAUCACCAAAUGCAAUUCGGUUAGUUGCAACAAUGAAUGUAUCGAACAACCAAAGUGCAUUGUAUGCAAUUCGACAGAGGAUGCAAAUUGUCUUUCAAGCUUCAACGAAACUUUACUGCAGACAUGUGGAGCUGAAGAUAGCCUCUCCUGCUUUACGUGUCUUGAUGAGGAUGGAUCUAUUUCCCGUGGCUGUGGAAGUGGCUUUGAUAACGUAUCAAAUCAAUGUGCAACAUGUGUUGACGAUUAUUGCAACAAUCAAACAAUUAGUGAAUGUUAUACGUGUUCUUCGGUUGACGACCUCAAUUGUCUGAAUCCAGGAAGUAGUCAUAAUAUCACUACUACGAAAUGUGUAUCGAAGUGCUUGACGAAGAUUACGAAUGAAACUACCACAGAACGUGGAUGUCAAAGUGAAAGUUUCAGUUGCGAGUCCAACGAUUUAGCCUGCGUCCCUUGCACAGGUUCACUUUGCAACAAUGACACUACUCCGAGUGCAAACUUCCAUUGCUACCAAUGUCGAGGAGAAUCGUCUUGUCAGUACCUCAAUGCAACGGACGAGGCGACAUUGUGUCCUGAUUUUGGAGCAGCAGGAUGCUAUCAGUUCAUUGACGAAGCUAACAAUAUGAUACGUGGAUGCAUAGGUGAUAAUAAUACAAAUGAGUGUAUCGAUGUUGGGAGGAGAUGCUACUAUUGCAGAGAAGAUAGUUGCAACGAUCUUCCGCUUACAAAGCCAGCAAAUCUAUCUUGCAUCCAAUGCUCAAAUGAGGAGGAUUGUCCAUGGGGAUUUGAAGCAUCGAGUGGCAAAGAGUGUAACGAAACUGUGUUUUAUUACGACCAACCAGUGUGUUAUGUACUUUCGAUGCCUUUGAUAACAUCGACGGUUGUUAGGGGUUGUUUCUCCGAUCUUUAUACUUGUCUUUUACUAGGAUUCGCUUGUCAAUCUUGCAGUACUAAUGAUUGCAAUAGAUAUAACGCUGUGGUACAACAUUGCUUACAAUGCAAUGGAAGUUUAGCUUCUAAGUGCGGAGUCGGGAAAUACCCUACAUCGGAUUGUCCUGGAAAUUUCAUGACUUAUGAACAGCGAGGGUGCUAUAUGAAACGUGAAGAUGACUAUAUUGAGAGAGGCUGCCUGCAAGAUUUCAGUGCCGGCGAACUGCAAUCGUGCCUAGCUGCGGACCCGAAAAAUUGUACAGCAUGUUAUGGGGAAAGUUGUAAUACACAGAAUGCCAAUAGUACAUCAAAGUUACAAGUUUCAUUUAGCAUUUUUCUCACUAUUGUUGUAAUCUUAAUGUUCAAACACAAUUUCGAUAUUAUUGUCUGACCCGGUCACUGUGAAUGAGGAGAAAAUAUAAAAUUUCAAACUACUCUUUUAGAAAAUGGGAAAUUAUUUUAUUUUGAUUUCACCAAUGUCAUAAAUACGCAUUUAUUGUUAUGUAGUUAUAUAUUGUUAAUAACAUUUUUAUUCAUUGCGUUUAAUAAAAACAGCGAGCCUAUUUGUUAGCUAAA